GUUUAGGUUUUGUACAUGUCAUGAAAUCAAAUUCACGUUUUCAGUCAAUAUGAAGAUUUCAGUGAACAGCAGCUGGCGUCUUACAGUUUGCACUUAAUUAUAUAGCCUACACUUGCAAGAUUUAGUAACCUCAUUGUGCAGUUAGCUCAUUCAGUGUUAUCUUUACAGUUAAAAGGCUGGUUGGAUAGAGAUAAGAUAAGUUUACAAUACAUGUAGUAAUUCGCAAAAUCGAAAUCUCGCAAUUACAAAAUUGGUGAUGGAAACGCCUGAAUUUUACCAAAAAAAACAAACAAAAAACUCUCAAAUAUAACAAAAACAUUUCACACUUGAGUAGUUUGUAGCUCGUUCAGGUUAUGGGUCGUGCUGGAGAGAGGCAGAUUACACCCUGGACUCCAUUGGUUAUCAAUUUAAAUCAAAUCAAAUUAAUAUGUAACACGAUUCCUUGGUUAAAGUAGCUGGUUGGUGUGUUUUGAGCAAGUAAAAUAGGGGUAACAGGAACAAAGCCUUCUUCACAUGACACAAUCACUCAGUUAAGAAAAAAAGCUAACAAAAGCGUGUCGAGUCUAAAGCUGGGUUGAAAGCUAAGAAAUAGAAAUUUGAGAUUAGUGACUCAGACUCAGAAAAAGUUGUUUUUUUUGUGGGGUUUGUUUUCCUUAGCCUUGUUAGCAAGUAUCAAUGAAAGUCACACUGGCAUGCAUACCUCUAUACAGUAUUUGAUCAAUGUUCAUUUUAAACAACUUCUCAAGGGGUGGUAAUAAACCCAAUGACUGUUUCAGUUCAGCAGUGCAGUCAAAUACUGUGUAUUUAUUCUAUUCCGAGAACAGUACACUUCAGAGAAGUGCACACACACAAUCACACCACAGAUCAUUUGUCAUAUCAAAACUAACAUUUUUAGAUUUGGCCAGCAAAAGGGGAUGUGCAUUAUGAUGCAAUUUUGGUACUCUCUUGCUUUACUGGUAUAGUAAGUACGUUCCACGAAUUAACUGCACACUUCUGUUUAACAAUGUAAAACUCAGCAUUCUUUUUGUAGUCAGGGACGUAAUGUUAAAUUUUAGGCGACUUUGAUUUCAUUUUCUCAGAUUUCCCAACAGUGAGCCAAUGCUGUAUUAAUUAUGUUCAAAGUCGUGAUCUAUAAAUCUUUACGAUAUGUGUCUGUCAUGUCUAUCAUUGCAAUAGAGAUUAAUGAGAGUUUAAUUUUCCAUCUGCCAGUUGUGCAUGUUCACUAUCUAUUGAACUACAGCAUCAUGUGAUAAAACUAGCUUGAUUGUCUUCCUGGGUUUUUGAAUGAUGCCGUCUUCACGUGUUCAGGGAAAGACGAUCCUUACCACUUUUUAAUUGAUAAUUGCAAGUGCGUCCUGUUCAUAAGUAAAAACACGGCAUACACAAAUUUGUUUUUUUGUGGGUGGACAAAAGUGUUUAAGACCUAUAGACCCUACCCACGUGACGUCACAACUCCUUCCUCCUGACUGGUGCCGCCCAAUUGUUCGUCAACACAUCAUGUUUCCCUGUUACGGCUAUGUACAUUCCUCCUAUUUACGACGUGUUUUUCUGCUUGUUAACAUUAAUAAUCAAAAUGGUGAAGGCGUGUGUGGCGGUCGGUUGCAAUAACAGAGAAGAUAGACGGAGAAGACGGAGAGACUUGAAGUUCUACCGGAUUCCGAGAGACCCGGAGAGAAGAGAGCGAGAUGGGCUGCUGCAAUUCGACGAGAAAACUGGGCUCCAAACGAUUACCACAGAUUAUGUAGUAGUCAUUUUAUAUCUGGUAAGAUGCAUUUAAUAUAUAUUUUGAGGGUUUUGGGCUAACAACCACAAUUAAGAUCAUUGCUAGGCUAAUCGCCGACAACAUACACGUAUGUAUGUAGUGAGAGUGCUAUCGCUAAACCAUAUAAACAUUAAAAGCCCUAACUCCAUUGACAAACGACAUGAAAUACAUUAGACUUGACAGUGGAUGUUAGCAAUAACAAAAGAUUUUGAAUUGAAAAUUUCGUAACUCACCUUUCCAAGCACAAGAUAGAUUCCUGCCGAAUUUUCGUGGACGAGGACCUGUUUCACCCAACCAGCAACGAAGUAUUUAUCAGCCUCCAAGCUCUUAAAGUUUUUCAAACUUUCGUGAGAAUUGGCUAAUUUUGUGUGGACAAGAUAGUUGUACAGUUCAGGGUAGCUAGCAGAUGUCAGGCAAAUACGGCGGAGACAGCGGGUCGAAAAACAUCGAUUUAGGCAUCAAAUAUGGAUCUGGCAAAUGGAUAAACUGAAGCUUUUCCACAUAACGCCUUUUAUGCAACGCAUCAAGUGAGUUUACGGCAUCCGAAAGCACCGGGUCUUCCAUGAAAUGCAUUAUAAAUUGCUCGAUCAAUUGAGACCAUUGAUAAUACAGACACAAAAUGACAGACAAGUGGGCGGAACCACACAGCGAGCACGUGAUUUUGUGACGUCGGUGGGUAGGGUCUAUUAAUUCAUCUAUCAUAACCAUUCCUCCAACCACAUCCACCACUCAUUACAGUGUCUUUGUUUGAUACAGUAAAAUCUUUAGCUAACCGUCCUGGGCACACCAUUUGUAGUGCUUUAAUGUCUUGAAAACCUUUUUUUUAGUUGAUGAUGUUUCAGCAUUUGCGUAGUUUAUCCAUAGAGUGGUACGGGAAUGCGGCUCCACAUACAACGUGCCGUCUCAAGGGGCAAUACUCUGAUCAGGCAUGCCCAAAUUAAUUUUUGAAUCAAUUAACAAGAAAGGUGGAGCUACUCAUUGCCGAGUCCUCUUGAUAUUUUAUUUACUCUGCUUUGGAGAGGAUUUUUUUUCCUUAUUUUUUGAGCGAUGGAAGUUUUUGACCAACUGAUAAACGGCCUAGUUUAAUUGUUGUUUUCAAUUAAUUACUUUUUCAAAGUGCUUUAUGUCACAGUCCCCUGUCUUGUUUUUGCACAUUGUAGUUCAUUAAGAUCCAAAUCUGCAAUUGGCAAUUUCUAGCUACUUUUCAUCUGGUUUUAAAAUUUUGAUCAGGUCUGUAUUUGAGAUACAACAGAGAUACCUAGCAGUUAUGUGUCAAAUUUGCUACAAAUGAAACGAGAGCAUCUUCAAUGGAGUCCAGUCCACAUAUAAUCUCUUUGGAGUUUGCAACAGCUCAUUUAAAAAAUGUGAAAUCCAAUGUGACUGUUGACACCUGCCAUGUGUAACUGGAUUUCCUGCUUCUGAGAUGCAUAGCCUCAGAGUUCCUUGCUUCGUCAGAAGUCUUUGUUUAUCACAGUGUAGGAAGGACCUUCUUAGAAAUCAAAGCAAAUAGGAUCCUGCUGUGAAGAUAAAAGACUGGGAAUGUUGACUUUCUCUGAUCUCACUUUGAAAACACAAAUGAAAAGGCAAAUAUCAAAACCUAAACAGGCAUGUCUGGGAGCUAUGUGAUCACGUCAGUGCAAAACCACUGGCUAUCAAGACAGACUUAUUUGUAAAGUUUUCUCCCCUAUCGUUGCUCUUUAGCCUUUCUCGGUGUGUUGAGCACACAGUUGGCAGCAGGGUGCUCUAAAGCUGGCAUGCCUUGGUGCUAUCUAAAGAGAGAACGCAUUUUUGGGAUAUCGGCAUGGCAAGACACUGCAUGUCAAUAUUGCAUUGGUUGGCCGCUGAUGGAAACAAAAGUUCUUAUGUAGUGGAGGGAAAAAAUCAUAUCUUCCAAUGAUUGGCCAUAAGUGACCUGGCCUGCCAGCUGACAGCCCUAGUGAUAAUAUACAGUACAGAAAAUACAACUCAGGGCAUUGAAUCACAAUAGCCUUUCUGUGCAGUUCUAGUGGUAAGUACGAUCUUGCAAGUAGAUUAUGUAUAGCACCAGCAUGAGCAUGUUCCUCCCACUGGGCGUGUCCUGAUGUGCUGCCUCAGCACUCCUCUAUAAGAGGCUUGCUGAGAUGGGCUUAGAAUUUAUUUCUUAAAUCUUUUCAAGUCAUUAUUUUUCCAUACUCAUUGAAUUUUACAUUUUGAAAUGGAGGAUGCCAUGAGUCAAUCCUGUGGCGUUGCCUUAUAAAGCACCAGAACAGCCUUAAGACACCCUCAGCAUUGUGGAUGGAUGGGAUAAAUACACAAGAAAGAAGCCAUUCAAUUUCACACACCUGCUGGAUUAAGAUUUUAUAUAUUUGACCAUCUUCAGUUUUUCUACUACCUUCAGUUGUUACACAAGUACGUUCCUUAGUAAUCUCCAAGUAGUUUCCACAUUCAUGCCUACAUCUCAGCCUAAGACAAUGCUUAGUGCUGAUGCCUCCUUCAGCUCCAGGCAGGAGCUCCUUGACCUUCAUGGCCUCUCUUUGACCAGAGGUCCCUCUCUGGACACACCCAGCCCUGUGGACUCUCAUCUCACAGACUCAGGACCCAGAAGCGCUGAAACUCCCGUUCAACAAUGCAUUUUCACUGGAGCUUCCACCUUUCCAGAACAGAUUUAUGGGAAGCAAGCGACUCCUUGCACAGAGUCACAGAUUAGAUCAACUCAAACACCCACAGAGUCGGUUCAACUUUGUGGCUGGGGGGCUCUGACACCCAAAGCUAUCCAAGUCUUCAACACUCCACGCUGGGUGUUGUUUUUUCUGUGUGUGGCCUCUUUCCUCCAAGGGAUGAUCAUAAAUGGCUUGAUCAACACAGUGGUGACAACUAUUGAGAGGCGCUUCGACCUGCGAAGCUACCAAGCGGGUCUCAUCGCCAGCUCCUAUGAUAUAGCAGCAUGCGUUUGUUUAACCUUUGUCAGCUACUUCGGGGGAACGGGCCACAAGCCUCACUGGCUUGGUUGGGGGGUGCUUCUCAUGGCAUUGGGUUCUCUGGUCUUCGCCCUGCCUCACUUCACCACGCCACCAUACCAGGUCAAUCUUCCUGAACAAACUGGAAUAUGCUCUGCCAACCGGACCAGCUCGUGCCAGAACCAAGAAGCUGGGGGAUUGUCCAACUAUCGAUUUGUAUUCAUGCUAGGACAAUUUCUCCAUGGUGUCGGGGCCACGCCUCUUUACACCUUGGGAGUCACGUAUCUGGACGAGAAUGUUAAGUCAAGCUACGGGCCUGUUUACACGGGAAUCUUUUAUACUGCAGCCAUUGUGGGUCCAGCAGCAGGUUAUCUGCUCGGGGGUUACUUCCUCAACAUUUACACUGAAAUCAACCUCAAGACAAGAAUGACUCCAGAGAACCCUUUGUGGGUUGGUGCUUGGUGGAUUGGCUUCCUUGUCGGAGGAGCAGCAGCAUUGUUGGUGGCCUUCCCCAUCCUGGGGUACCCAAGACAGCUGCCAGGUUCCCAGGAGCAUAAGGCCAUGCGUGUGUCUGAAGCCCACCAGCUUAAAGAUGGCAGUCAUACCACAGCUUCUGACCCUCAGUUUGGCAAAUCUGUGAAGGACAUGCCAAAAUCAGUACUACUUCUCCUAAAGAAUCCCACCUUCUUGUUUCUGUGCUUGGCUGGUGCUACAGAAGCCACCCUCAUUGCUGGCAUGUCUACAUUUGGUCCAAAAUUCUUGGAGUCUCAAUUCAGUUUCAGUGCAUCUGAAGCUGCCACAUGGUUUGGCUUCAUGGUGGUCCCCGCAGGAGGCGGGGGCACCUUCCUGGGGGGCUAUAUCGUUAAGAAACUGAACCUCCGCUGCCGAGGCAUCAUUCGUUUCUGCAUGAUCUGCGCCAUAGUCAGUCUGAUCGCCAUCUUCAUCUUUCUCUUCCACUGCCCCAAUCCACCCAUGGCCGGCAUCACUGCUCCUUAUCAGUCUGCUCUCAAGAGCCCGAUGGACCAGUUCAAACAGCUUUAUGACCAACCCAAUCGUCUGGGUCCAGGAAACAGCAGCUCUUCUGUACCAGAGCGCUUAAUAGUGGGCUGUAAUGCAGGUUGUGGCUGUGUCCAGGAGCUAUACAACCCAGUGUGUGGUUCUGAUAACAUCAUGUAUUAUUCCCCCUGUCAUGCUGGUUGCACCUCCAUCAACCACACAGAAAACGCUACAGGCAAAAAGGUUUACUCUGAGUGCAGCUGUGUGGAUGUAAAGAACGUCUCCUUGGACCAGAAUGGAAUUGCUACAGCAGGAAAGUGUAGUAGCACCUGUCACCAUAUGCCAGCCUUCCUAUCAUUCCUCUUCAUCCUCAUCCUCUUCACCUUCCUCUGUAGCAUCCCGGCGCUCACUGCCACACUCAGGUGCGUGCCAGACAGUCAGAGAUCCUUUGGACUUGGCAUCCAGUGGAUUGUGGUGCGCACAUUAGGUGGUAUCCCUGGACCCAUUGCAUUUGGAUCCAUGAUUGACAUUUCCUGCUUGCUGUGGCAGGAUCAGUGUGGGGAGCAGGGCUCCUGCUACCUCUAUCAAAACUCUGCCAUGAGCCAAUACACACUCCUUGCUGGGGUCAUAUAUAAGUUUUUGGGGGUAAUCUUCUUCAUGCUGGCCAGCAUCCUGUACCAGCCUCCUUCAGAGUCGCCUCAAAGCAGCCAUGGGAGCAGUGACCACGAAACCUGUGACAAGAGCGACUUUCCCGUCGACCUGGCUACAGACGUUGUUAUCGUCAACCCGCAUGCCAGGUUUUGACAACAGAGACCUUCAUCUGCUGAUUCUCGGUGCUUCUUGGAUACCUCCAGCCUUCUCUUAGUCAUAGGGAGAUCCCCUCCAAAACACUCUCGGUUCUUCCUUUACAGUUUGACAUCAACAUCACCUUCAAAGGGGCGAUCGAGUAAAGGGAAAUUAACUAAAAUCACUUAGACACCAAUUUCCUAAUGUAAAGCAUGAAGAAUGCAUGAAUGUUGAGAAGAAUGAAAGUGAAGUCCAUCUCUAAACAUAUUGCCUUUGCUGUUACCAAAUGUUAAAAUGCAUUUCCGCCACCAAA